AUAUUGAAUUGAAUUCAGCUGCCGCUGAAUUUUGGGCUCAUCCUUCUUCUCUCUAUAUCUCUCCACUGCACUGAAUAACUGUUAGGUAUUUAGCUUCUCAGAUUCAAGAUGAACGCAUUGGUGGCAACCAACAGAAACUUCAAGUUGGCAGCUCGGCUUUUGGGGUUGGACUCCAAGCUUGAGAGAAGUUUACUAAUACCAUUUAGGGAAAUCAAGGUUGAGUGCACCAUACCAAAAGAUGAUGGGAGUUUGGCUUCAUUUGUUGGGUUCAGGGUUCAACAUGACAAUGCCAGAGGCCCCAUGAAGGGAGGAAUUAGAUAUCACCCAGAGGUCGACCCAGAUGAGGUGAAUGCUCUAGCACAGCUAAUGACGUGGAAGACGGCGGUGGCUAACAUCCCAUACGGUGGUGCCAAAGGUGGGAUAGGUUGUGAUCCAGGGGAGUUGAGUGUUUCAGAACUAGAACGGCUCACCAGAGUUUUCACCCAAAAGAUACAUGAUCUUAUAGGCAUCCACACUGAUGUUCCAGCACCAGAUAUGGGGACUGGUCCACAGACCAUGGCAUGGAUCCUAGAUGAGUACUCAAAAUUUCAUGGCUACUCACCUGCCGUAGUGACUGGAAAACCUAUUGAUCUUGGUGGAUCUCUGGGAAGAGAUGCAGCAACGGGAAGAGGAGUGCUUUUCGCAACAGAGGCUUUACUCAAUGAGCAUGGAAAGAGCAUCUGCGGACAACGGUUCGUUAUCCAGGGUUUUGGGAAUGUGGGCUCCUGGGCUGCCCAACUCAUCCAUGAGAGUGGUGGCAAAAUAGUUGCAGUGAGUGAUAUUAGUGGAGCCAUAAAGAACAGCAAAGGACUAGACAUUCCAAGCCUACUCAACCAUGCGAAGGAGAAGAGGGGUGUCAAGGGGUUCAAUGGUGGGGACCCAAUAGAUCCCACCUCAAUAUUGGUUGAAGACUGUGACAUCCUCAUUCCAGCAGCCCUGGGAGGUGUCAUCAACAGGGAAAAUGCAAAUGACAUAAAAGCCAAGUUUAUAAUUGAAGCAGCUAAUAACCCCACUGACCCCGAGGCCGAUAAGAUCUUAUCAAAGAAAGGUGUUGUAAUUCUUCCCGAUAUAUAUGCAAACUCUGGAGGAGUUACUGUUAGUUACUUUGAGUGGGUACAGAACAUCCAAGGUUUCUUGUGGGAUGAAGAAAAGGUGAACAAUGAGCUGAGGACUUACAUGACCAAGGGCUUCAAAGAUGUGAAGGAGAUGUGCAAAACCCACAACUGUGACCUCCGGAUGGGAGCCUUCACGCUUGGGGUUAACCGCGUUGCAAGGGCAACUGUCCUCCGAGGGUGGGAAGCCUAACCCUGAGCUGAUCGGGACCUGCCACU